UCGCAAUGCGCUCCCGUCGUGAUGGUGGUGGAUCGUGCACGCGCUAAAUCGGUAAUGGCUGCCCUAGAUCGGCGGAUUUCCAUCGUUGACUUUGUAGGGCAAAGCUGGACCGCUUGGAUCGACAGAGCGAACGUAUCCACGUCGGAGGGGUCCUGGCUGGAAGAGUGCAGCAAAAAUGUGAAGAAGCGGAUGGAAACCAUGACUCUUAAGAAAGAGGACAUGUCGAUAUAUGGCCACUGCCCAGCACACGAUGACUUCUUCCUGGUGGUGUGCAGUCACUGUGGGCAGGUGGUGAAGCCACAGGCGUUUGAGAAGCAUUGUGAGCGUCGUCAUGGCCUCUUCAGUGAGCUCUACAACACAACAUCCAACUGCUCUCCUGACCGACCCCAACAGGGGAGACCCCCUUCUCAACAUGGAAGUCUUUGUGAGGUUCAAGACAGCAGGCUCCAGGGGGCUGGACCCCCACGAGUCCCACCUCCUCGUUCUCCCCACCAGGAACAUUCCAAACCGCAGCGAGAAGGAAGCAGUCUUCAGCAGGUGGAUAAAUUUUCCCGUGAAACCCCUCCAUCACCUCUACUUUUGCCCACGCCACCCAAAAAAGCAGCCCCAUCAGUCGAGAAACCAAUGCAGAAAAGUUUGGACUCACACACUCACCCGCACAGACCAAGAACAUACAGCAGAACCUACAAGAAAGGCCUUAUGAAAGAAUGUGACUUGGACAAGCACUGUGGGGUGAUGGAUCCUGAGAGAAAGAAACUGUGCACCAGACUGCUGACCUGUAAUAUUCAUUCCAUCCAUCAGCGCCGGCAAGUGGUAGGGAGGCGGAAACCUUUUGACCAGCUUGUAAUGGAGCUGAAGAUGAGCUCAAAGCCUCGAGAGCGUCCCCCUUUGCCCAGAAAGGUUCCUGAUGAAGGCUCUGCCCACCAUGAGACCCCUGCGUCUCAGAUUGGGCCUCUGCACUACAAAUGCCAAAUAACUAACUCUUCUAUUCUCAGGUCCAUGAAUUCAUCAGACGGUGUUGUAGAGAUGAAGCAAGAGGUGAUGCGCUCUGAAGAGCCGCAGGUGGAGUCUCUCUCAGCUGACCUCUCCAGUGAGGAGAGUGACGGGGAGAACCGGGAGGACUUUGCUCAUUUACCAGCAAGCACCUUGCACCCUAAACCCCUGGGUCUUUGCACCUUCGGGGCACGUGUUCUUGGCCGUAGUGUGUUAGCAUUUGACCGAAGGUUGCUCCACCUGCGGUCAGCGUUCAGUGUUAUGAUGGAGCAGCAUCUCAGCACUUAUCUAUGGAAGAAAAUCCCUCAGGUGUCAGAACUAUGCUCUCAUCAACCCCUAAACACCACAAACACCUACAAUUCCCAUGAUGCCACGCGCAGCUCAGUACCCAUCCGCAGCGCCUCUACUCUCAGGACAAGCAGCUCAGGACAAUCAGAGCCCACUAACCUAUCAGCCGCCUCCAAACUACCAACGAAAGCCCAGACGACCUCAGGCCCCGCCCGGCCCCGUAACCCUGCGGCUCGGACCAGCAAACAGGCUUUAAAUUCCCAAGUGGGUUUCAGGGAGCUUCAGGAGAGUCCCCCAGCCAGCAAGCGCCGGAAAUCACCCAAAGAGGACAAGGACUCGUCUGGACAGUCCAAAAUCCUAUUUCUCCCCCACCAUAAAGACCGCCAGUCCUCCUUGAACAGAACUACGAUUUCUUCAACGCAUGGACCAUUUAAUGGUGCACACUCACUUAGCAGUAAAACACACCCACCUGAAAUGAAGGGGCUGAAUAAGCAAAGCCCCACCCACAACCCCGCCUCUCCCUCCCCGGAGUCUGACAAGGGAGGGGCCUCAGGGCUCAAUCAAAGGGCUGUUGGGUACGAGCAUAAAGGGCCUGGCAGGAAACGUAAGACCUGUGAUGCCUCUCCCCCCAAAAACAAUUCAUGUGCCCCUAAACCCAAUAUCCUCUCCUCUUUCUCCUCUUUCUCCCAAACUCACUCCAGCCUCCCACAGUCUCCAACCUCCCACAGUCUGCCAAAGAAACUAGGUGCACAGAAGCCAAAGCUUCUUCACUGAGGGAGUCUGCCUUAAACUCCUCCAGAAGCACAGGCUCACUGCCAUGUAUUUGCCACAGACUUUAUGCACAGGAUGGUUGAAGUUCACUGUAGGAGGACGUAUCUAUUAUGUAUGUAUGUAUGUGUGUGUGUCUGUGUUUUGUAUACUGGAUUUCUGUAUGUGCAUGUGAAUGACCUGCAAAUGAAUAUAGAAAUACCUCAAGACCUUCCUUAUGCUGCUAAACGGACUGUCAGAUAAUGGACUCUGAAAUAAAUAUGCCAACACAUUUCUGUUGUUUUGCUUUUUAUGAAUUGAGCUCCAUCAUCUUACCACUAGAUGACACUAAAAUCGCUAGAUAUCUACAUUUUACAAAGACAGGCCAAAGGGUCAUUUUUUUGUUGUUGUUGUUCAAUUAAUUGUAAACUAACAUGUCUGUAUAAUUGCACAGGAAGCAUAAAGAAAAGAAAAAACAGUCCAUUUAAUUUUUCUUUAUUCGCUUUUAUAUUAUUUAUAAACAAUACUUGUCAUAGGUAAACUUCCUCUUUCAGUUUCUGGAUUAUCCUCAAGCAGACGGUUUCACUCUAGGAAAGGGAACUACGCCACCCGGCACCCAUCAGUCUCAUUUUUGACAUUCAGACUAAAUAAACUUUUACAGUAAGGUUUCUAGCUCUAAUCCUGGAACUGACAACAUUUCUAUUCUCGCUUUCAGCGGCUAGUAAUGAUGGCUGAGACUUAAGAUCUCUUUUUUUUAGCAGUAUAUCAAGAUGCUUGCUUAAUAAGAAUUGGUACAGAUAUGUCUACAUUUCUGAGAUUUGUGUUAGUCUACUUUUUAUGUAUUUUAUGUACUCAAAUCUAGACUUAAUAGACUAGACUAAUUAUCAAAUGCUGUUCAUGUUGCUUGUUUUGAAUUCUGUUAAUCUAGAGU